AUGGCGAGAACCAAGCACCAGGAAACUCUGAUCAUCCAAGGACCUGGUAUGGAAGUCGUCGUUAGCCAUGGAGUGCAUACAAAGAACUGGGUCAUCCCUAAAGCCCUUCUAAGCCAUCACUCUGGGUUCUUUCGAGUUGCCUGCGAUGGACCGUUCGAAGAAGGAAUCGAGAACAAGAUCACGCUACAUGACUGUCGGCCAGAAGUCUUCGAAGCCUUUUUGCAUUGGCUAUAUUUCGCGACCUUAUCACAUCUCAAGCCGGAGUGGGAUUACAUAUACGGCAGCUUUCGUCUUUGGAUACUUGGCGAUCGACUCCUUGUCGCGGACUUCAAGAACGCCGCUAUGCGGGAUCUCUACGACGUACAUGUAGUCCGGGAACAAUCUGUCGAGCCUCAUGAGAUCGAAUUUAUCUGGAAACAUACUGCCCGUGGGUCUGCACUUCGUCGUUUGGUACUGGACAUUGUAUCUUUGAACUGGGAGAAACACUGCGGCAUGUAUGCACAGUCGGUAUGGUUGGGUUUAUUCAGGCAGUUCCCCGACUUCGGAGACAGUCUGUUGCUCCGUCUAGGUACUAAAGAUACAGAGUUGAAGAUCGAGAAAUACUUGGAAGAGGCUAAGAAGGUAACCCUCGACGAGCUUGAUACGGAAAGGUAG